AUGACCGUAGUUGAGGACUGGAAUGUCGAUGGACAGGUGUACAUGCAUACAGGAGGGAAACAGGUGCCACUCAUAAUUCUGGACCUCCACCUGCCUUCCACUACCCUCCGCAUCCUCGGUCUGUCUGCUAUCAUCUCUACUUCCUGGAUUACCUUCUCCCACAGCUCCUCUAGUGGACACAUCAAAGGAAAUGUAUGUUGUCUGAAGCUGCUGGUUGUGUUCAGCUGUGCAGCUGAUAAAAACAGUCAGAAGACGUCAGACUACACUGUUGUUCAGUCCACAGCAUCACAUUCAGUCCAUCCAGGAGAAUCACAGACUCUCCAGUGUUCAGUCUUCUCUGACUCUGACAAGAAAACAUGUUCAGGAGAUCUGAGUGUGUUCUGGUUCAGACCUGGAUCAGAUAAAUCUCAUCCAGACAUCAUCUACACUGAUGGAAACAGACCUGAUGAAUGUGAGAAGAGAUCUGACACUCAGAAGAGCUGUGUUUAUCGUUUCUCUAAGACCUUCAGCUCCUCUGAUGCUGGGACUUACUACUGUGCUGUGGCCACAUGUGGACAGAUACUGUUUGGAAAUGGAACUACUCUGACCAAUGAAACUCUUUCACAAACAACACGACCUGAGAUGAUUGCUCUGGUGGUAGCAAUAAUCUGCUUGGCCAUUUCUGUGAUUAUAAAUAUUGUUUUCAUCGGUUACCAAACACAAAGAGGAGCACAGGAACGAUUAAAUGGAAUAGAAUUCACCUCAUCACAAGCAAGACUUGACAAUUUGAGCCAACCUGUGGUUGAUACUGUUGAAGGUGAACAUGAUAUCAAUUAUACUUCACUGCAUUUCUCUGGAAGGAAAGCUACACAAGGAAAGAAGAAGACGGAGUUGAAGUGUGAAGAAAGCGUGUAUUCUCAAGUCCAUUGCUAAAUGUGAAUAUG